GAGUUUGGUGUCCUGGAUUUAAAAACAAGAAAUUAUAAAAAAGUGGACACUGGGCUGCUAAAACAUGACAGAUAUGGCUGGACUGGGGCAGGAUCUGUUUACUGCAUUGCUUUCAGCGAGAUCAAGGUGCCACGGAUACUUCGAGUUGACAUUGACAGCGGAAAGGUUGAUGUCAUCCAUGAGUCCCAAAAGAUAUCCAUAGACAGCGGCUACUUCAGCAUCCCCCAGAAAAUCAGCUGGCCUACAUCACAUGGGGACACAUGUUAUGGUUUGUACUACAAACCUGCCAACAAGGAUUACCAGCCUCCCAAAGGAGAACUGCCUCCUCUGUUGGUGCGAGCUCAUGGAGGACCAACAGGUGGUUACGCCCCGAUCCUGGAUCUCAAGCUUCAGUACUUCACCAGUCGUGGGUUUGCAGUUCUCUGUGUGGACUACAGAGGCAGCACUGGGUAUGGCAAGCAGUACCGACAUCGGCUACGGAAUAUGUGGGGAGUUUUCGACAUAGAUGACUGUAGCUCAGGAGUCAAACACCUGAUUGAUAUUGGAGAAGUGGACAAAGACAGAAUCUGCAUUGAUGGUCGUUCUGCAGGGGGAUACACCACUCUUGCCUGCCUCACAUUCACAGAUGUCUUCAAAGUGGGUGUCAGCCAUUUUGGAGUUACUGACUUACAAGGCUUAAUGGAAGACACUCACAAGUUUGAAAGCAGAUAUUUAGAUAACCUACUGGCUCCACUUGACAAUGGAGGCCGAGAGAUCUGCAAGCAGAGGUCACCAAUUCACAACAUUGAUAAACUCAAUACAGCCAUUGCGUUCUUUCAAGGAGAUGAAGAUAAAAUUGUUCCACCAAGUCAGGCAGAGAUGAUGUACAAUGCAGUUAAAUCUAAAGGGCUGCCUACCAUGUAUGUCCUGUUUCAAGGUGAGCAGCAUGGCUUCCGGAAAGCAGAGAACAUUAAAGCUUCUCUGGAUGGGGAAUUUUACUUUUUUGGAAAAGUGCUUGGAUUUGAACCAGCAGAUAAAGGAAUCGAGUUUCCUAUUGACAAUCUGUGA